UAGCGAGCUCGUUAAGUUUUAGCAAACAUUUUGCUCUUUUUAUAAAAGUUUGAUCGUUCUUUUGUUCAACACUAUCCAUCAGAAAUAAACAGAGUAAGCGUCGACCCCACAGGAGUAUUUUAUGGCACCUUCUUUGUUAAAAUGUUGACAAAAGGGGGAAAUAUUUUUAUAUGCGUUCGUUCAUAUAAAAGCGCGCAGUAAAUUUUGAAUAACAGUUUUUCAGUUUUGCAGCAAAGAAAACGUUAUUCUAUUGCGUGAGGGCGAGGGCCUGCAGCGUUUUAAGCCACGGGACCUGGGAUAGUAAAGGGCAGAGUUAUUCAAAGUUGUAAAUUAAUUCUGCUUAUGUAGUCUACCACAGUUACGCAUUAUACCAAUAACGUACUGUGGGGUAAGAUGGGACACCUUUGGCACAUAUUAUUCAAAUAUCCUGAUUGUGUUUUAAACAAUUAACAACGGUCUAUGAGGAUCGAUAAGAUAAGGUUUCAUAUGUCUACUACCAAAUUGCACAAAAAAAAGAAUGAAAAGGUGUCCCAUUUUUCCCAACCUUACUAUACAGCGAGUUGUUUAGGCCAUAAGCAACAUUUAAAAAGAGCUUUAUAGAAAAUAUGUUUAAUUGUUUGUAAUAUUAAAAGCAAUAUGGCGGAGACGAAGGAGGAACGACCACAGUGGGAUAAUAAGGCUCAGUUUCUGUUAACUUGCAUAGGAUUUGCUGUUGGAUUAGGAAACGUAUGGAGGUUCCCAUAUCAACUGCAAAGUAACGGUGGAGGGGCGUUUCUUAUCCCGUACUUAAUAAUGCUGGUGUUCGAAGGAGUUCCAUUGCUUUAUCUUGAACUAUCCGUCGGCCAAUGGUUGCAGAACGGAAGCGUUGGUUGUUGGUUAAAACUUAGUCCGUACAUGCGAGGUCUCGGCUUAUGCAGUUUGUUCGUAUCUUUCCUGGUUGGGAUGUACUACAACACUAUCAUCGCUUGGUGUUUGUGGUAUCUAUGCAAUUCAUUCCAGGAGCCGCUACCGUGGAAUGACUGUCCACCAAACGCAAACCUCACAGCUCCAGUGCAAGAAUGCGCGUUAAGCUCAACCACCGAGUAUUACUGGUAUCGUACAGCUCUUAAUAUCAGUCCUAGCAUAAGUGAAUCAGGGGGCAUUCAAGUUCAUUUACUGGCUUGUAUGAUACUGGCAUGGCUUAUCGUAGCUGCGUGCGUUAUCAAAGGCAUAGCAUCAUCAGGCAAGGUGGUUUAUUUCACUGCUACCUUCCCGUACGUUGUUCUCUUCUGCUUCCUUGUUCGCGGUCUCACACUCCCGGGUUCGAGUACAGGUCUCAGUUAUUUAUUUACCCCAAAGAUUGAACUUCUAAGCAACCCUCAAAUCUGGCUAACAGCAGCCACACAAAUAUUCUUCUCACUAAGUCUUGCCUUUGGUGGAAUGAUCGCAUUUUCAAGUUACAACCCAAGAGAUAGCGAUGUAGAAGCUAACACAUACAUCGUGGCUGUGACGAACAGUGCAACAGUUUACUUGGCAACCGUGGUCAUAUUUUCGGUGCUUGGGUUCAAGGCCACGGUCGACUUUGAAACAUGUAUUGCAGACAACAUUCAAAUUUUGUUGGAUUAUUACGAACAACCGGAAGGUAGCAUCGCCUUAGCAGGUUACAACGACUUUCUAAUUGAUAAAUUCGGUUCAGUUGCAAAUGGCACUGCGUUCCAUAACUUGACCGAGUGUAGCGUGGAAAGAAAUUUGGAUGAGGGAGCCUCAGGAACUGGGUUAGCAUUCAUAGUAUUCGCUGAAGCAAUUCUUCGCAUGCCCGGAGCGCCUUUCUGGUCAGUUUUGUUUUUCCUCAUGCUCCUGACGCUGGGACUUGAUUCUAUGUUUGGGAACAUUGAAGGUGUUCUCACACCGCUCAACGAUAUGGGCAUCACGAAAGGAUUUCGAAACGAGUACGUUGUAGCGGGAAUUGUUCUCGUGUCGUUCUUGGUCUCGUUAACUUUUGUGCAAGGCUCGGGCAACUACUGGCUUGAUGUUUUCGACAAAUACGCCGGCUCUCUGCCAUUGCUGAUCAUUGCCUUUUUUGAGCUUACAACGCUGGCUUGGAUAUACGGCUAUAUAAAGUUCGAAACUGACAUGCGAGAAAUUUUGCCACCGAGAUCCAACUUUUUCCGUGUGGCAAGCUACUGGUAUUGGAGAGUGACAAUCCCUAUUAUCAGCCCCCUUCUUCUUUUAGCUGUAUUCAUAUACUAUCUCUAUGAUAGUGCGAUCAAACCACUCACCUACAUGGCAUGGCAAUCAGAAUUGGGCGGGAACCUUGAAGUCUUUUAUCCGGAUUACGUUGUUGGAAUAAGCGUGCUCAUUACAUUGGUAUGCACGAUAUGGAUACCUUUGGGCGCUCUAUACCAGUUAAUCAGACGCCUACGAGGGAAAACGAGCAACAAGCAUGAAGUUAUAUCGCCAUCUAGCGACGAGAUGCAUAUCAAAUCUAAAUCCGUCGUCGAAGUACAAGAACAUAACUUUGGAAAGGGCAAUGAGAAUAAAAACUUCGAUCACAAUGAAUAGGAAACAUCAGCUGGACGUCUAACAUAUCAUUCCUCGUCUGCAACAGUUUUUUUAAAUCACUUCACUUGUACAUUUCAAUUCAUGUGACAUAUUUUGGUUCAAAAUUGUUGUUAUGUCAACUUGAUUGAAGGUGUAAAAGUCCCUUAGCAUACGAAAUUCAUACUGCAUUCUGUUUCUGUCUGUUUUCUUUCCAUUAUGCUGUGCAUGAUAAUAAAAGAUAAGUGAAGCUCUGAA